AUGUCGAAACCCGCAGAGCAAGGUCAACAGAUUGACCUCGGAUCACUUUCUGUACAGCAACUCUCCCAAGUCAAGAAACAGCUCGAUGAGGAGACACAGCACCUGACCAACUCAUACGCACAAUUGCGCGCCGCUCAACAAAAGUUCAAGGACUGCAUCGCAUCGAUUGUCGCCGGUGUCGCAAACUCGGUCGCCGACAAGCCCUUACUGGUUCCUCUGACCUCUUCCCUCUACGUCCCUGGCACACUCGCAAGCACCGAGACCGUCCUAGUAGACGUCGGAACCGGAUUCUACGUCGAAAAGACCACCGAGCAGGCAAAGAAGUUCUACGAGACAAAGGCUGAAGAGUUGGGAAAGAAUGUCAAGGAUCUCGAGACCAUUGUCCAGGGAAAGAACCAGAACUUGAGAAUGAUCGAGGAGGUCAUGCGCCAGAAGGUUCUCGCGAGCAACCAGGCUUCUGGUAGCGCAUCGGCCUCGUCGUAA